AUGAUCAACGAAGGCCAGGUCAACGUGACAACCGAAGAUAUCGUACCAAUGAUGACCGUCGGCGGCGGCAGGACUUGGGUCAGGGUCGCGGUCAUAUUAGAGGAGAUCCUGACCUCUGGACCCCCACGUAUGAUCGACGGCACAAUCGACAGCGAUCCCCUUCCCCGAACCGUAGGCAACGUGACCAUACUCGGUCUGUAUCUCCGGUACCACGCGGUCGGAGUUUUAGGCGCGAACAAGAUCAGCGGCGCCCGAGUCCGGAGUAUCGAGGUCGUCGAGACCCUACCCCGAUCGCAAAUCAGAGGAGACAGACUGAUCAGCGGAACUCUCCGGAUGCCGCGCAGUGUUAAUGAGUUCAACAAUCGCGUGGUGAACACGGAUGAGAACCACACACUCCAACUAGCUCACGACCGUGCUAGAUAUCAUCCACCGCCGUCUUUGCGCAACAAUGACCCACCGAAUUUCGACGACAUCGAGGAAGUAAUCGCUGCCAGCAAAUUCGUUCUUUUCAAAAAGCCUGACUGUAAUAAACCAGUAGUAGGUUUCAACGUCGUUUACGAGGGCGAAGACGAAAAGACAGAUCUCAUUGACUCCAACUCUGUACAAGUCGGUGACAUCUGGGAAAUUCAUGAGAUGGGCCCAACCGGCAACCGAGACGCGUUCUUAGGCGACGGCAAGACCACGCCUUCAUCGGGAGGUCUCCACAGCUCAAAGACCACCAGGGUCGUGGUUACUGGCGGGACUGGCGAGAGGCGGACUGGAUUCAGAAUCACCAGCUGUAACAACACGCUCCAAGAAAAGAUUAAGAAAUCGGGCGAGGUGUCGAGAUAUUUCUUGAUCCAUGUGGAAGGUCGACCACCGCCUUCAAACACAGCCGGACUUCCGACUCUUCGCGUUUCUUCCAGCGCAUACUGGAUGGCAUUUUCUGCAAUGGAUACCGAGAAUAUCGUCACCUUCCGGCCGGAUAAUGUCAUGCGCUCCAUAGGAAGGGCUCACAUCGCUGAUGUGCAGAGGGCUGUGCAGCAGAGGAGUCAGCAAGACAUUAUAGGAGUGUCAACUUUGGCUCAAACAUUCCAAGCGACGAAUCCGUACGGGCGGUUUCCUCCCUCUAGCUCAUUGUCAAAUUCGGCAGUCGCCAAUCCUACACCACCGGGUGUGCAGCCAGCACAGCCCCAGACGGCUCACCCGAACUUCAAUCCGCCCACUGGCCCGCGCGCAGAGUUUAGACGGUCUGAUCGGUUACGGACUCAACCCCCGCCAGAUUAUCGUGAUACAGGACGUCGGCAGGGUGCGACGGGGCCAGCAUCACAGCCCGCUCCACAGACCAUCACGCAUCCACCUCCAGCUCGUCCGACUCUUCCAUCCGGGGACCAAGCAGUCCAGGAUCUUCGAGGCGCUACGAAUGGCCGUAGCCCUGCGCAGCGGUCCACGGAAACCGGUCAGCCUCGUACAAACGGCACAGACACCAAGCGCAAGAGAGACGAUUCGGAAGACGGGCCUCGCAAGAAUCGCCGGCGCGGCUCCAUUUAA